AUGAUCCGUCAACAAAAUCAAGACCACCUGACAUCGAAGCACAAAAUCAUCGCACGAACAUUAGGAUUAGAGCCAAGAAAUCGAAGCAAACGUCCGAGAGAAGUAGACGAAGAAGAACCACUACCUAAGAAACUUAAAACAGUCAGCAUUAACAAAACAAUCAGAGAACUGAUCGAAUUCUUCUUAAGCUCAAACAUAUCUUUGAACUGCGCAGAAAGACUAAGAAAAGUUGAAAUUGUUCAAAGAGAGUUCGAUGCUUACAAUAAGGUCUUCAAUCGAAAGAAGCUCCGAGAAUAUAUUCUUCAAGCAGCAGGAGAAGACACAGAGAAUGACAUAGAGGACAUCCAAGAACCAUUAAAAGGAAUCUACAAAGAGAUUGCAAAUGAGACUAAAGGCAAGUUAGUAUCAAUAAUGUUCGACUCUGCAUCAAGACAUGGAAGACACGUCUUUGCAGUGAGUCUGCGCUACGCAAAGGGAGACAAAGUAGUUGAGCGUACCAUAGGAGUCAUCACUCAACAUCAACGACAAACAGGAGCGAACCUCUUUAACCAAGUAGAGCUACUACUCAGGAAAGUUGGUUUGACGAUCAACGACAUAUACUCAACAUGCACCGACCAAGGAGCUAAUAUGCUCAGAGCAGCUGAUUUGGCAAUACAGGCGCAAGAUGCUAUCAGAAUAUGCCGAGCAAUAGCAAACCUUGAGCAUGAAGAAGAAAUAAACAUCGACGAAGCACAAGCAGCAGAGCGAGCAGAAGAAAUAGAUGUAGAACAUAUGCUUCGUGUAGAGGCAGAACUCGAUCGUGAGUGGGAUGAACAACAACAACAACAUCUGCAUGAUGAACAGGAACAGGAAGAUCCAGAGCCAUUAGUUACAGAAGUCAUGGUAGACGAAGGAGCUCUGUGUUCAAAAAUGGUUUGUGGUGCGCACACAUGUCAACUCGCAGUAACAGACGUCAUCAUCGAUUUUAGGAUGGUCAUAGCAGAAAUACGAGCUGUUGUGAAGGCAUCAAAGAGACUUGAGUUCUCUCAAGUUCUUCAUGCUGCAAGAAUCAGAAGCCUGCGCUUGGACGUCGAAACAAGAUGGGACAGUUUGUAUGGGAUGAUUAGCGACGUCAAUGAAUUCAGAAAUCAGCUCCAGGAAGUUGCGUUUACACACGAAAUACUUGCUCUCAAUGAAGACGCCUGGGAAUUCAUCGAUGAAUUCAUCCAAGUGUUCAUUCCAGUGCACUUUGCGAUGAAGGAGUUCCAGAGAGCAGACAUCACAAUGAGUGAAUUUUACAUCAGCUGGGUGAAGAUGGAGCUCGAAAUCUCUGGUGUUCCACUUGGUGACGAAGAAAUUAAAGACAGACUACUCGAGGCAUUGGAACGACGUAAGAGAAGGUUCUUUGAAUGUGACGCCUUCAUCGCAGCACUUCUUUUAGAUCCUCGUAUCAACUGGUCAAAUAAUCAAGAAGAUUUCUUUGGCCCAGAACUACUGGAAAGAGGAAUGGUGCAUAUCGAAAAAAUUCACCAGGUACUUAUCAACAGAGGACAAGUUGAGCAACUAGAGGAUCAAAAUCGAGAUCAACAAAACGUCAUUUAUGAGGCAUUAGAUCAACGACUAGGAGGUGGUCGACGAGGACAAGAUCAAUCAUGGCAAAACAUAAACCAGCGAUUGACCAUUCGCCAACAGAUCAACAGGUUUCUAGCAGAGAUAAGAAUAUCAUCAGGUGCUAAGUUAAACCCGCAAAAGUACUGGUACAACAAACGUGAUGAAGAACCAGAAAUCUACAAGGUGUCUCAGGUUGUCUACGGGGCUGCUUUUUCACAGGUCAAGGUUGAGAGAGACUUCACAAUAUCAUCAUCAACAAUCGCUGCGAAUUGCACAAAGUCCAACACAACCUGCACUUCUGGAAAAGUCUUCAACACAACAUCAUGCAAAUGUAAUUGUCCAGCUGUUACUUGCACUAAGCCAAUGGCCCUCAAUACAAAAACUUGUGGUUGCAGCUGUGGAUUAUCAUCAUGUCCACGUGGCUCUGUCUUAGAUGCUGCUAGUUGCAGCUGUAAAUGUAACGCAACUACCAAAUGUCCAGACAAUAAAGCAGUAAAUUCAACAACCUGCAAGUGUGAGUGCUCAAAUCCUGAGCCAUGCAAGUCAUUCUAUGCUUUGAAUGAAACAUCAUGUGGAUGUGACUGUGCACUUCGUAGUUCUCAUUGCUCAUGGCCUCAAGUUUUAGACAAAAAGGCUUGUAAAUGCAGCUGCAACAAAACUGCAACCUGCACAAAUUCAAGAGUUUGGGAUGAUGAGUACUGCCGCUGUAAAUGUCCCAAAAAAUUGAAAUGUCCAUCUGGAUCUUACUGGAAUGACACAACAUGUAGCUGUAGCUGUUACAUCCGCUCAUGUUUAAAACCUCAGGUGCUUGAUAACAGCACAUGCAGUUGCACAUGUCCAAACAUUACGACAUGUCCAUCUGGACAAACUUUUGACAACCGAACAUGCUCAUGUCGAUGCUCACCAAAAAAAUGUCCAUCAAAUUACAGAUUCAAUUCAACAACCUGUAGCUGUGACUGUGGAAUUACAAAGUGCAACAGCAAUCAAGUUUUGAAUGCAACUUCAUGUAGCUGUGGAUGUAAUCCAGCUAAAAAAGCUGCAUGCAAUGGAAGUAUGACUUGGAACAAUAAUUAUUGUCAAUGUAGAUGUGAGAAGAUCAACGAUCGCUGUCCAUCCUAUACACGAAUGAAUCGAACAACUUGCAACUGUGAUUGUGCUUUAAGUCCAAGCUUAUGUAGAGCACCACAAACUUUAUUGAAGGAUAAGUGUACUUGUGGAUGUGUAAAUGCAGCAGAUAGCUCAACUUGUGCCAGUGGACAAAGUUGGAACAACGACACGUGCUCAUGCGGUAGUGGAUCCAGUUCAUCAAAUCCAUCAAAAUCGGCUCCUGAACAGCCAACUGAAGCUCAAGUUGAACCUGAAACUGAAUAAAUUUGCCUCUUGUUUUACCAAA